GGAAAGUACACAGAGAGCAUCCACUUUUGUAUUUAUGUUUAUUUUAAUUCAUUAUUUUGAUUUUUUACAAACUUUAAAAGUGGAUUUUUGAAGACAUUUUCGCUUUAAAUUCAUUCAAGAACGAACCCUAUGCACCGGAUUUCUGUUCGAUUAACUGACUUGUGCCAUUUAGGGAACCCAUAUAAUAGGUAGAGUACCUCAGUCCUUUACAAUUACUGACUUCAGUCUUUAUAUUUAAAUUCUAAGCAUAUAUAGUAAUUUGAGAGGGUUCCAUGUUGCGACGAGCUGGAGGCACUGCGAUCCUGAUCAAUGAUAGAAUCUAUUGCACCUUUAGCAUAUUUUCAUUUCUUAGAAUGUGAAAUAGACUUAACAAUAAUAAUAAGCAUCUCACUCAGAACUCAAAAGCAUCUUCCCAAUCAGGAUUACUCUCAUUCAGAGAAACGGAAUUAAAAAGUAAUAAGAUUUAACGACGACCUUAAUAAUCUUAUCAGUAAUAAAGUAGAUUUCAAACGAGAAGGAAGCUGAGAAGAUUUUAAGAAGAGAAAAAAAAUAAUUAAAAACUUGCAGCACUUUAAAAAUAAAUAAAUAUAUUAAAAUGUUAGAACUGCACAGAAAAAUAAAAUUAGUAAAAAUAUCAGUAGGAAUAAUUGCAUCGCACAUAAUUAUGGGAAUUUUUCAGGAACGGAUUAUGAAACAGCCUUACAUAAAUUCAGAUGGAAUAUCUUCACAGUUCGCACUUCCAUUUGCGUAUGUCGGUGUGCAGUGUUUUGUGUAUACUUUUAUUACAGUAGGAAUUAAGCUUAUUUAUGAUCGUGAGAAAAAUGAAACUCCCCAAAAAUAUUUUGCAAUGCCAGCAAUAUUUUUCGUUCUCGCACCAGUGUUCUCUAAUAUGGCUCUCAAAUGGGUCUCAUAUCCAACACAAGUGGUUGGAAAAGCAUCAAAACCUAUAAUCGUGAUGAUUCUUGGUGUCCUGAUUGGACGUAAAUCAUAUCGAGCACAAAAAUAUGUAUCUGUGAUAUUCAUCAUCUUUGGUGUCAUCAUGUUCUCCUUCAAACCUAAUUAUCAGGAAUCAGAAAGUGAAAAUCUUCUUUAUGGAAAUUCUUUUAUUGGAUUAAGUCUUGUAAUGGACGGAUUAUUAGGAGCUUUACAAGAUCGAAUGCGAUCGAUUUCUAAGCCAACGACAUUGAAUCUCAUGCUGUUCAUGAACGCGUGGAGUUCUCUCUAUCUAGUAUUUCCCCUUAUCAUCACAAACGAGGGAAUUGACUUCAUUCAUUUCUGUCUCACACAUCCCAAAAUCAUUAUCGAUUUAUCAGUUAUUGUGACUGUCGGUACGAUUGGACAGUUCUUUAUAGCACAAAUGAUAUCAAAUUUUGGCGCGCUGCCACUCAGUCUCGUGAUGACUGUGCGAAAAUUUUUGACUGUUUUUUUAUCAGUAAUAAUAUUUGGAAACGAAUUAAGUAUUAUUCAGUGGAUAGCAACAGGCGUAAUUUUUAUUGCUUUAGUCGGUGAUUCAAUGUUUCGUGGAAAGUCAUCAGAAUCGAAUGAAAGUUCUUUGGAAACUUUAGAAACCGACAAUUAUGACGACACAAAAAAAUCAAAUUUAAAAUCUGUAGUCAUUCACAAUCAUGAUCCAACUGAAUUUGUAAAGGUUAUAGACAUCGUUGAUCAAGCAGUUCCGCAGAAUUCAGAUUGCAUUCAUUGUAAUGAAUCUACUAAGAAAUAUUGAAAUUGAAAUGAUUAGAAAGAAAUACAAACUUUAUGAAAUUUUAUAGACUGACUUAUUCAGGCGGUAAUCAGGCGGUGUACUCAAUAAAAUUAAAAUAUUUAAAUUGUAAACUGAUGAUCUGCUAUUAUGUUUAAAUAAAUCAAAAUA